GCGGUGCCUGCCGGGAUGCGCGAGCCAUCCACAAAGCCAAGCCGGGAGCGACGGAGACUACGUCGCACACCGCCUUCGGAGUACGACAGCGACGUUAUGGAGCUCUCCUCGGUCGGCGAGCGCGUUUUCGCCGCCGAGUGCAUACAGAAGAAGCGAAUUCGCAAGGGCCGUGUCGAGUAUUUGGUGAAAUGGCGCGGCUGGAGUCACAAGUACAACACCUGGGAGCCGGAGGAAAACAUUUUGGACGGUCGGUUGCUGGAAGCCUUCGAGAGCAGCCAGAGAGAUUCUGGAUCGGGCAAACGAGGCCAAAGGUCCAAGAAGGAACGAAGUCAUAGCACCAGCGAACCACAGCAGGAUUUCCGGCAUGACUCCAGCAAGGCCAAGAGCGAGGACGAUACCUCCAACGAUGCACCCGCAACGCCCCACGGCAACAGCUCAAGCACGGAGACAAACUCUGCGGUGUCUCCACCGCAUAGUCCCCCACCUGUAUUGUCACCAGGUGCAGCAGCAACUGAAGAUAAAGACAGCUCCACAGUGACAGCUGCGUCGCGGCUUUCGGUGUCCACAUCGCAGUCUGUGACUUCGCCACAGCAGCAGCCGGCAACUCACCAGACAACUGCUACAACACCGAAGCCGCAGCCAGCCGAGGCUAAGGAGCCAACGGGAAAGCCCAAGCCUGCUGCCACAACAGUCAGCCCACCAAAAACACUUCAGAGUGCCAAGAGCCAUAAAGAACAGGAAGAAAAGGCCAAACCAUUGAAUGCAGCCAAUGCGGAUGUGACCCCCAGUCAGUCGCCGUCUGAAAAGAGCUCUGAACCGGCAACGUUGUCCCCCACAUCGAAGCCAAACCAGGCUGAGGCAGGUCCUUCUUCCCCUCCAGUGUUAGAAGCUUCAAAGAAGCCAGACACCACAACCAAACGCAAGUUAGAUGUGAAGCCAACGCACACGUCAUCUAGUCCACACAUUCAGGUCACAGCUGUGGCCCAGCAACCGCCCACCAAGAUGCCUAGGUUGUCUAGACCGGUGGAUGUGCCUGCAAUCAGCACUGCUGGCAAACCCCCUCCCGUCUCUACAGCGGCGUCACCAUUCAUGAAUGGCUCGUCACCGGCGAGGGCACCUCUGCGGCCACCGAUAGCCUUCAAGCCCAUCACUCCGCGCGUCACUCUCAACGUGACACCACCGCAGAUUCAUCACACACGCCCCCCUGCCUCACACCUUGCAGUGCCCCCCGUAGCCGCCCGCUUGGGUACCGGGCAGCUCGGACCGGCAACAGUUGCACGAAUCGCGCGACCUCCUAUUCCCCAUCUGGCUCCCCCAAGCAGUUCACCAUCUCAUCAGGUCGCGACAAAUUCGAAUUCCGCCAACUCUGCCGGUCCUACCCCCAACCCCACUGCCGUACCCGUCAGCUCCCCCGCCCCUCUUCCCACACACCCUGUUCCUGCCACAGGCAUUGUGGCACCUCAGCAGCCGGUGCCGUCAGCAACUCCCAUUCUCAACGGCCGCGACAGCGCACCACCUCAGCCAGGCAGCGACCGCGAGAAUGUCUGCAAACCAGCAGUGUCAGCCGUCUCACAAGGAAAGCCGAUGCACAGUCACAAUGGCCAGGCUGCGUCUCCUCCAAUGCUGCUGCCACCCAAGGAAGCCAACGCUGAGCCAGCUGUAGCCGAGCCGGAGUACAGCCAACUUGCCAUCAUCCCAGAUUUCUGGCAGAAGCAGAGCCCAGUUGUGGAUCAAGUCCUCAUCACGGAUGUGACGGCCAACCUGGUCACGGUGACUGUGCGCGAGUGUCGGACACAGGCGGGGUUUUUCCGCGAUCGGAGCAAUGAGCAGGCGCCCAAGGACAUAAAGUGAGAUGCGUGCGAUUUUGGUGCUGUUGUUGCUGCUCGAUUGAGAGUGGGUGUCAAGAGGUAGGCACGACAGCUUGUACAAUAAAAAGCAAAUCUAAGAGGGUGAUCAAAGACACAAAGUGAGUGAAGAUGGCAGUGGUUUGUUGCCGCUUGGUGCGAGUCACAGUUUGUACAGUGCAAGGGUGAGAAAUGCCAGACAGGUGUCGAGACAAUAUAGUCCUGCAGGUUUGCAAGUUUCUGUAGUUGAGGUGCAUCCAAUGCUUUGCCAUCUUUAAUGCCAGAGAGAGUAUCUGCCUUCUUGGAUGUGAGCGGCUUUUGUCUUGGUGCAUGUGUGUACGUUCGCUGACCAUUGGCGGCAAAACAGGCUGGUUACCCAGCUAGACAGCAAAACUUUUGCCCUGUCCGAUUUUCAAUGCUUGAAAACCCUUCAAGACUGCAUUUUGCUCUAGAGGACAUCUUGACACUUCUUAAAUUGGCGCAUGCAACAUUUCCUGCUACAAUUAGUCAACUGCAAUGUUCAUUAUGUUAGUGUAGUCUGUCGGUAUCUGCUUGUUUUCCCCUAUGUGGUAACAUGCAGUUUGUUAAAGUGCUCUUGUAGCACACGACUUAUCACUCCAGUCAUUAAAUAGUAUUUGCACACACUGUAGUUUCCAAACCAUGCAGGAGUGCCUAAAAAUUAACAUUUGCAUUUUUUUCACCUGAAGUUGUCGUUUGUUUCUUUUCAUUCAAGGCACACAAAUUGCUCUUGCUUCAGUCUUUCUCCUCAGUAUUUCGUAUGAUCAAUCAUAACGACCCACUGUCGGACAUUGGGCAGCCGAGAUAUCUGCUUUGCUGUAAACAGUAGAAGUCAAUUUCUGUCAGACUUUGGCCAAGGCGGUAGAUAUUUGGCCAUACUUUGAAUGAAACUGAACAGAAUUUGCUGCUCUCCCUAUGUGUACAGGUCUGGUACUGCACUCUCGAUGCGAGCUUUUUCACUACCAGUGCUGGUUGAGCACUUAAAUUGCACACACACUGUAGGGGCUUCAGCCACCUGCCGCAACGUCUCAAAGUCCAAAGAGAGGGCAUAUGUUCUCUGUAAAUUAUGUAAGGAUAUGUCUCGGUUAUUAACUACACUGCGAUCAACUGCUUGGGAAAGGGUGCGGUAGAGGUAACUGUGGCAUGCAUGCAUACUCCGUUUUUGGCCAUUCCCCCUCCCCCCAUUUAUGGUGCUUUCCGUUUGGUUGCAGUAGUUAGUGCAGAGUUUAGUAAAUACUACUGGAGGGCUGUUGAUAGAUUAGUGGGCUAGCCUAAUAUAUUCUGUUGGUUCUUGUUUUGUUUUGUGUUGUCUUCUGAAGACCAUGAAGAGUACCUGUUUCCUGAAGUCAAACAUGGCGUAUCCCUGGUUCAAGAACACCAAUAUAUGCAAUAUCGGAUUGCUGAGAUAUCUUGAGUGCCUUGAGUUGCUUGCCCGUCAAGCACUACACAGCUUGGCGACGUUCGUUGUGCCAUGACAGCUUAUGGUGUCCGAAAAUUAAGUGAUCAGUCCCUGCCUUGUCACCAUCGUGGUUAGAUCGAAUUGGGAAAGUUGCAUGCAAAUGAGUUUUGAUCACGCUUAAAUGUUAACUUUUCAGCUGAUUGGGUACAUCAUUACCUCUUGUUGAUUGUAAUGCAAUGAGUCAUACAAACUAAGUUGAUGUCAGUGUCACAGGUAGUGCUUCAUGCUUGCAGCUAUGCACGUUUUGUGUCUAUUUCGUCUGCUUUCAAUGUGAGCACGGCCGACAUGGCCUUCUGUACAGAAUCACGGAGUGUUUUUUUUUUUUUUUUUUUUUUUUUUUUUUUCCGCUUUAUGUUCGGUUCAAAGGACAUGCCAUGGUACAAAAGAAUAAAUAUUGAAUUUCUGUGAAUAAAAGUGUACAUAGACGUG